CCCGACGGCGGAACCCGCGCGCUCCUGGCUGCGGUUGCGCCCGGCGGGCAGACGCGGCGGACCCGGAGCCGCGGGGAACCCGGGGCGGGGCGAGCCCAGACCGGAAGCGGAGCGGCCGGGACGGCGGAGCUCCGCCAUGGCGCGGGACCCGGCUUUCGUGCUGCGCUACCUGGCCGAGGUGGAAGAGCUGGCCGAGGACGUGCUGGCGGCGCGGCAGCAGAUCGUGGACCUGGACGUGAAGCGGAACCGGAAUCGCGAGGCCCUGCAGGCGCUGCAGAAGGAUCCGGAGCCUGACGCCAAGGCCAUGGUCUGCUUUGGGGACAUGUUCAUCGAGCUCCCAAAAGCACAGACCCGGGAGAUGCUGCGGAAGGACCAGGAAUGUCUGGAUGAGGAGAUAAAUAACCUCCGGAAAGAGCUGCGUGUGAAGGUCAACCGCCUCUUUGAAGCUCAAGGGAAACCAGAGCUGAAGGGAUUUAACCUGAACCCCAUGACUGCUGAGGAAAUGAAGCUGAUCAAUCGCAUCCUGGAGGGCUGAGGUGGCCAUGCCAUUGCCGUGGUGCCUUCUUGGAUUGUCACCCCUGGAGCUCACGCUGCAAUAGCUGCAGCCUUCGGGGCUUGCAGGAGGACAUUGGUGUGCCCAGAGCCUGCCCCAGGUGAGGGCACUGGAGAAGCGUUUGGCUCCUCAGCUAUGACGCUGCAGUUUCUUUUGGUCACGAACCCUUUCCUGCUUCUUGGUGCAGCCUGGCUGGCGGAGCUGCGUGGAGGCACAGGCUGGGGCACAGUGAGCACCCAUGGCUGGGUUGGAAAUGGGCUUAUUAAAAUCAAGAGCAGC